CCGUCACGUUGACCACGGGCAACGCGACUACGGCUGGAAACCCGGCGACAGCCACUGGACGGGGGGUCCUCUUGAAGGCUUGGCGGAAACACGGCAUGGCUCGUGCGGCAUGGAGGCCACGUGUCCGCGCUCUCCCGCUCGACGCGCCGACGAUACUAUCUGCGAUCUGCUCGCAGCAGCGGGGCGGACAGCGGCGGCGCGACAACGAGCGCAGCGCGCGCAGUGCGGCGAGUGCGACGGUGAUGGCGACGGCGGGCGGAAUCGCAGCGCAGAAUGCGGAGCGGCGAGCGCUACGGACGAGGCAGCUGCAGCGGCGUGGAGUGGGAACCGUCAGCGGCACAGACGUGGCUGCACCACCGCGCGGCGCAAGAUGGACCCGACGAGCUCAUCCAUGCAGCGGAUAAGGGAGCGCGAUGGGGAUGGAUGCGCGUCAACAGUCACAGGAGGCGCAGGAGGGCGCGGAGGCCGGAUACAAGGAAGAGGCGAUGGUGGCAGCGACUGCUGCGCAACUAAGGGGAGGAGGAGGCUGCGCGCCACCGCGAAAUCAGCAAGGGCGGAGGGCACGGAUCCGCGGCAAGCAUGGCUUUGCCACUCACAUCGCCCCGCCCGCGCACCCCACCCCGCACGCCCCUCACGCCCUCCUUCCUCCCCACCGUCCCCAGGCGCGUCCUUCCCCGUGCGCAUCAACUGCGGGGCGUCGGAGCACGUGACGGGCAGCGACGGGCGCGUGUGGGAGCCGGACACCUACUUCGCGGGGGGAGAGCCAGUGGCGGUGCUCAACGCGUCGCACCUGGGCUUUCCCAAGGAGGUGGCGUCGCAGCGCAUCUUCCACACGGGCGACGUCAGCUGCUACGACAUCCCGCUCUCCCCCGGCCGCUACGUCGUGCGCCUCGCCUUUGCCUACCACAGUGACACGUUACCUGCCAAGACGUUUGAGACGGUCUCGUCCGUGACGGUGCAGGGAGGGCGCCCCAUCAGGGUGCAGGAUUUCAGCGUCUCUGCUACGUCUGCACGCACAAGCGCUGCCGCAACUCGCGACGGCACUGUGACGGCAAGCGCAGCUGAAGCUGAGCAUUUGUAUGCGCCGGCGGCUGCUCCCGGGGCCUCUGGUGAAGCCGUGGUGAGUCGGUUGCCGGAUGACACGCCAUUCUCAUCCCCAGCAGGCAAGGGCCCUCUCGGAGCAACUGACGGCCAAAGUAUGGCAGAUCUGCCGCCCAGUGUGAGCGAGAGCGAGAGUGGGGACUUGGGGGCGUUGCGAGAGAGCAUGCAGGGCCGGUGGCCGCGGUUUGCGGUGCUGGUGGAGGGCGUGCAGAUGGAGACGGUGAGCAUGGCUGGGCACGUGGGGGCGGUGUACGAGCCCGAGUACAUCAUCGACAGCGCUGAUGCCUCUCUCACGCUCUGCUUCCUGCCCGUGUGGGGCCACGCCCUCGUCAACUCCAUCGAGCUCCUCCCUGUGCCCGCUGCCUUCUACUUCCUCCCCUCCGUCGUCCCCCCCAACGCCUUCCUCGCCGUGCGCGCCCGCAUCGACUGUGGCCACGCCACCGCCAACGACUCAGCAGUCGCUGCCCCCAACAGAACCACAGUGGGCAGCACCAACCGCCUGGCGGGCGGCAAUGCUGUGUUGCCCGCGACGCCAGUGACCAACUCCACGUGGAGCUUUGAAACGUUGGUGCGUACAUCGGGGUUUGUUCCCACGGGCCAAGGCAAGACGCUGAGGGAUACUCUUGGGCGCCGGUGGUCCAGCGACCUCAACCAGAUCGUGCAGAUGCAGCAGGUGGGGGUCCCACCACCCAGUGGAGAGGCUUCGCAGGGUGCAGAGGGCAGCGGGCAGCAGGAGCACGCGCGGCCGCAGUGGCGUGUGAAGCCACCGAAGUCGGUGCAGACACUCAUGUCGGUGAGCGGGGCGGGUGAGGCGCCGCUGUUCCUGGCGCAGGCGCUGCUGCAGACGGCGCGCGAGGCGGUGCUGGCGAGCGGGCUGCACUACUCGUUUUCAUUCCGCGUGCCGGCGCGCCUCAACCGCUGGGUGGUGCUGCUGCAUUUCGUGGCGGUGCAGCCGGGGUCGCGCGUGGGCGAGCGUGUGUUUGACAUCCACGUGAACGGCGUGAGUGUGAGCAGCUUUGACAUCCUGCAUGAGGCCCACGGGCAGCACAACCGCCUCGUCACACUGCCUGUCGUCGUCGGCUUCAGCCGGCCCGCCAUUGGGUCGGCGCCCACGCUGGAGGUGCGGCUGGUGGCGUGCAACGGCAGCAGGCUCAGCCCCCUCAUCAGCAGCAUCGAGGUCAUUGAAGUUGUGCGCGCCAACGUCCCCCGCGAAAACGUCGUCUCCGAGCUGAAAGCCCAACAGAGUGGCGACCCCAAGUCAGCCAUUCCGUCCGCGUCCUCCCAUGGCCGUAGCUAUGCAGCGGUGGUGGCAGGGGCGAUAGGAGGGGCUGGCGCGCUGGUGCUGCUGGUCAUGCUCGUGCCCCUCGUGCUGCUGUGGCGACGCCAGCAUCGCCGCCGCCGCGCCGCCAUGCGCUCCCACCUGCUAGGGCUCAAUGCCGUUGACUCUGCAGCACUGCAAACACAGGAUGUUGAAGGUGCUAGUCAUAGUGAGGAGCUGGGGCUUGUUGAUAUCAUAGAAGAGAUAGGUUGA